CAUGCCUCGGCGUGCAAACAUGGGCGCUGUUUAUGCUCUCAUCUUCUUCUCUCUCUUCUUUCAGUUUGCUCAAACUGGACUCAGUCCUCUUCUCCGAGCUAAGAGAGCUGCUGAUAAAACUGGGAGGUAUAUAGUUCUGCUACAGAGCAAUAUCUCAGACCAGGAGUUUAAUAAAACUUUGGAAAGGGCCCUCUUAGUCUCUCAGGAUAAGAGACCCUACAUGGUUGUGAGGUUUAUAGAGAAAGCCUUCACUCUUGAUCUCAAUUCUUAUGCUCUGCAUCAGUUACGAAACUGGUCCGAGGUAAGACUAGUGGAGGAAGAGACAGAGGCAGUGGGUACUCAAGACCCAACUAUCCCGUGGCACUUAGACCUCCUUGAUCAGGACCCUGCUGCUUACUUUGACCACCAGUACUCACCCACCAGAACUGGUAAAGGAGUUGAUGCCUAUAUUGCUGAUUCAGGUAUCAAUUUUGAUCAUGAAGAAUUUGAAGGGAGAGCAAAGUACCUUGGCUAUGAUCCUUAUGAUGAGUACCAACACUUUUUCAGUCGGUUUCAUCAACAUGGCUGGGACUGCAACGGACACGGUACCCACGUUGCUAGUCUCUUGGGCGGAGCUAAGUUCGGGUCAGCUAAAUCUGUGUCACUCUUCAGUGUCCGUGUACUUGGUUGUUCAAACCGAGCACCAUGGAGUGUUGUGUUAGACGGGCUGGAUCACAUCAUGAAAAUGGUGUCCGUUCGAAAAAGACCAUCUAUCAUUAACCUCUCUCUUAGUGGGAGCUACCAGCAAUCAAUGAACAAUGCUGUCCAGAAGCUUUCCGAAGCAGGUGUGGUUGUUGUUGCUGCUGCUGGUAAUGGUGAUGAAGCUGCUUGUUUAAAUUCUCCUGCUUCAUCAAUUCAUGCAAUAACAGUUGGAGGAACUGACGAAAAUAAUCAGCUCUACUCUCAUACUAAUUACGGUCUUUGUGUCGAUAUAUUUGCUCCUGGAGUUGGCGUACAAGGCGCUCAUUAUAAAUGCGGGGUUUCAAGCAUUGAGUAUCCUGAUGAGGUACGAGAGAAUGGUUGCAGUUUUUUGCUCACUGGGACGUCAAUGUCCACUCCUCUUGUGGGCGGGGUCGUUGCAGGUAUGUUAGAGGAGAGACCACUUUUAAAACCCAACGAAGUCUUGAGUCUCUUGAGGGAGAGAGGGAGGGUAGGAGCCAUAAAUGGUUCAUUACAAGGAGCACCAAAUCUUCUGCUUAAUACGCCAGGUUCGUGUGGUGGCUAUUAUCCUUUUCGUGUACAAUUGAAUCUGACAUCUCCUGGAUACCCUAAUAGUUACCCAUCGUCACUCCAAUGUGAGUGGCAUAUACCAGCUGCUUAUAAUGAAGAUGUGGACGUAUUGAUAUCAGACCUGGAGCUAGAGAGAGGGUUUGACUACUUAUAUCUGUGUCAAGGUGGUAACUGCACUAGCUACACAGGUACUCAAAGUGGAAUUCAUUACAGGACGUCUAACAGAAACCUAACCAUUCGAUUGGUCACUGAUGACUCAAUAACUGGGCGUGGCUUUAGACUAAAGUUCACCAAAUAUUACAUAGGGACACCUCUGCAGGUCAUUGAUGGUGGGGAGUUGACCCCUCUCCCUCACACCUCGUUGCCGCUGGCAACCACUCGCACCUUCACAAAGGUCUCUACCUCAAGGAUAAAGUCGCUCGUAAAAGAAAUGAAAAGGAAUUCAUUUGAUAUUCUAUCAGUCAGUACCGUAAUAUCACCUGAUGACUCCCAAUGGUAUUACACAGUAUUGUUUCAUAAUAGUACUCAGACCCCCUCACAAGGGUUCGUAGAACUACAGUCCCAUGAACUGAACCAGACCCUGCGAGAUCAAAUUUCUAGCAAAGCUCUAAUCCCUUACUCAAUCGUUGGACGAUUGAGUGGGGCCACACCUCUUUAUAGCGUUGUGUUCCGUAAGCACCCUAGUGUCAUUGAAAGCCACGCCUACUGGGACGUGACCAUCCCCGCCCACGUAAUGUCGAGAGUUAACAUGGAGAAAAAAGGAUGGGAACUGAUGAGUCAGCACUUUAUGGUAUUUGGAGGUACUAAUGAGACGAGAGUCUCUGCAGUCUACCACAGAGACCUCAGGAGGGUAUACAAUGUACCAUUGAGAGACGUACCAAUCACCGAUAAAGAGAGCUAUUAUGGCUUUCUGUAUCCUGAAUUCACCUCAGUCACCAUUAGUUUCCUAUAUCAGGAUUAUUAUGCUAAACAUGUCAGUACUUAUCAUCAUGGUGCUGACAGUCCUGCUCAAGGAGCUCGCUUUUCAGUCAUACUGGAGAGCAAAGUGGCAGGGCAGAGGUCUGAUGCUUAUUGGAUACGCUGGGGCCUCAACUCCAGUGCAGUCCAUAAGGAAAUAGAGUGGUUUAGGGACUCUUGGGACUUGGUUUUUGUCGUUAGCUAUGUGUAUGAAAGCACAGUACAAUAUAUUUUGGAAUGGGGCAGGAGAAUUGGACAUUGAACAAUUUUUGUAAGUUAGGCUUAUCAGUAUUUUCUAUUCUGUAGUAUUCAUAACAAUGUAACGUUUUUUAAAUGAAAAA